AUGGCUUUGAGCAGCUUCACGGCUGCCAGUUCUCGCCGUUCUCUGAGUCGAAAAGCGGAGCUAGAGGCGGCAAUCCGCGACGCAGAGCUUCGACACGAAGUGCAGGAACUAGAAAAGAAGCUACAACGCCUGACGACCGCCUCACCUUACCCUCCUACCAUCCCUGGCACGGGAUCCUCUGCCGGCGUGGCGGCUCUGCUCGGCGACGCAGACGUCACCCUGGAUCAACUCCGAAAAGACUCCCAGCUGCUGACCAAGGUGGACGAAAAACUGGCUCAUCUGGACGGCGCCUCCGUUACCAAGCCGCCCCCCUCAAAAGGCCUCGCCGCUCAACUGGCAGCGCUCGACCGGGACGUCGUCGGGGCUAAACAGUCUGCCUUCGCGGAAGGAACGUACAAGAAUCUGAAGACACAGUGGCGUGCGUACCUCCUGUUCUGUGAACACUUCCGCUUAACCGCACUCCCUGCUAAAACACGGACUCUCGCCAGGUACGCCCAGUUCCUGUCUCGCUCGCUAAAGUGCGUCAAUAGCAUAAAGAUUUACCUCCACGGGGUUCGGUUGUUGCACUUGUUUCAAGGUCUCACACCCCCACCUGCCGGCGCCUUCGACUUACGGCUGGUCCUGUCCUCCCUACAGCGGCACUCCACCCACGUUCCACAACAGAAACUGCCCAUCACCCCGGCAAUCCUUCUGCAAAUCCAUGGUCAUCUAGACGUAACAAGGCCGCUGCAUGCGACUCUCUGGGCGGCGUUCUGCGUCGCUUUCUUCGGCCUUCUUCGCAAGUCGAACUUGGUCCCUAAAUCCAGCGCUGCCUUCGACACGGACAAGCAUCUCACCAGACAGUCAUUUCACGCGUCCGAGGGCGGAUUGGUGCUCCACAUCACCUGGUCCAAAACCUUACAAUUCAAACAAAAAGUCCUCCGUCUCCCACUUCCGGUCAUCCCCGGACAUCCCUUGUGCCCCACGCAGGCGUACCUGAACAUGUGCCGGCUGCUACCUGCACCCCCUCAUGCUCCCGCGUUUCUGAUCCCCUCUCGAGCGGGGGUCCUAGUCACCCUGACUCAUGAUACACUCGUGACUCAUCUCAAAACUCUGCUCCACACAGCGGGUUUUCCCGCCGCUCGUUUCUCAGGCCAUAGCUUCCGACGGGGCGGGGCCACGUACGCCUGGCACUGUGGCGCGGACCCGGCCACCAUCAAGCUGCUCGGCGACUGGUCAUCAGACGCUUACGAACGCUACCUGGACUCGUCUCUGGAGCAACCUGUGCGUAAUUAG